CAGAAUAAUAAUAUUUUCAUAUCGCACGUCCCUACCGUGUCGAGCGCAAUAUCGAUGCAGAAGAUCAAUCGAAUGGGGAGCGUUAGUCCCGAGUUGCGGGUCGGUAAACCGGAGGCAAGAUACAAGGUGGUGGUUAUCAAGGUGGGAACGUCUUCGCUGCUCCGGAAAGGACAUCUUCAUCUGUCACUCCUGGGUGCUCUAGCGGAGACGUGCGCUGACCUUACGAACUCUGGGUUCAAGGUUAUUGUGGUGACAUCCGGUGCUGUCGGUGCAGGGUGUCAGGUAUUGGGAACAACGGUACGUAACUGUUCGAACCCUGGUGGCCAGCACUGACCACUUGGAUUCGUACGUGUGAGUACACCACACUAACGGACUAGCGGCUGUGCUUUCGUGAUGCCUAGUAUCAAAUGCUGGCAUUUAUAUUCUUUUUACAGACGAAUAAUAAAGGGGAAGAAUCGCUGACUGCUUUGAUCUGACUUCGUCUCUGACAGGAUAAACCCACAGACCUUGCUGGCAAACAGGCUAUGGCUUCGAUAGGCAUGGUGCGACUUAUGCGGAUGUACGAUGACUUCUUCACCUCGGUGUCGCAGCCCAUUGCGCAGGUCUUAGUCUCCCUAGAUAACCUCAUGGACCGGACACAGUACCUGAAUGCUCAGAGAACCUUCCAGGCACUGCUCGCCCGAGAUGUCAUCCCAAUAGUUAACGAAAACGACACGAUUGCUGUACAAGACUUGAAGUUUGGAGACAAUGAUACACUCAGCGCUCACAUUGCAUCGCUUACCGAUGCUGACUACCUUUUUCUGUUGACUGAUGUUGAUGGCCUAUACACUGGCAACCCCGUGAAUGAUCCGGAAGCGACAAUCAUACCCUUGGUAGAAAAUAUUGAGGACCUGGUGGUUGAUACCUCCGAUGGCGCGGGGACAAAAUUUGGUACGGGAGGAAUGGCGACAAAGAUACAUGCAGCGCGCUUAGCCACUGCUUCAGGUUGCCAUACAGUUGUGAUGCAUAGCAACCAACUCUGUCAUCUCACGGACAUCGUGAUCAAUGGCGCAUCAUAUGGCACCCUUUUCCUCGCUGUCCCGCAACCGUUAGUUGGCCGUAAACGAUGGAUUCUUUUGCAAAAGCCCGCUGACGGCCAGAUUGUUGUGAACCAGAAGGCGGAGGUCGCGCUUAAUAACGACAAAUCGCUCUAUGGGACUCACAUAAUCUCUGUUGCAGGUUCAUUCACUGCAGACGAAGCAGUUCCACUUUUCAUUACUGACUCGGAAGGAGAAUUGCGUGAGUUUGGGCGCGCCAUUGUCAAUUACUCAUCAAAUGAAUGCGAGAAGCUCAUCGGACAACAGAGUGAUGAUUUUUUCGACAUCGUAGGAUACAGCGGAGCGGAGUCUGUAGCGCACAGGAAUAACAUUUGUUUGUGGAUUCCAGGUGGUGAAGAGGCUAACCUAAUGGACUUUCCUGAGAUAAACAUGGAGACGCAUCCUUCGGUAACUGAUCUGAAUGAACUACUUUCGGAAAAGCCUAAGACACCGCCGCCCUUUUCCACGAGUGGUAGCGCGAGUGGUGACUCACCUAAAGCACCCACAGAAUGA